CGCGAGUGGCUGUUUAAAGUUCAUUUAUUUUUACUUAUUUGCAUAGAUCGACGAGGUUACAUUUGGAACCACUUUCACAUGAAUGUAGAAAAAAUGCAGAAAUAUAAAUUUCGAAACUUGACCAUGAGAAGGAGUGUUUCUCUGAAGUGACGUCAUGACGGGGAGACCUAGACGCGCUCGGUUAGACCGGAGUCAGUUCAUUUCGGUUGAUGCACAAAGUUCUUGGAAACGUCUAGGAAAACGAGUUUGUGUAAGACUUAAAUGAGAAAUGAACUGAAGGAUUAAACAUUCCAAGUUUCUUUAUUCCAUUGAUGCUGAGGAAGUUUAUUUAAAAAAAAAACUGGAGCUUUCCUUAGCUACUGGAUUUUUUUUCUUUCUUUCUCUGACAAGGAACUGUUUCUGCAAAGAUCGGUCGUCUUCAAAGUGUGACAAACUAUAGUUUUGGCUUUGCUUGUGCGCGCAUGGAGACGUUGAGCCUUUUUACGCACCUUGACAAUUUCACAGCUGUUUGGAAAAACGCAUAUACCCAAGGAACUACCAUGUUUGAAUAAUUUUUGUAUUUAUGUAUUCCAUAGAUUUUACUACAUAAACGUAGUGUGUGUGGGUGUGUUUUCUUUUCUUUUCUUUUUUUGGAUCCUUGCGCAUCUUUGCGCACCAAGCGCGUGUUUGUUCCAAUACUGCAAAUGCGCGCUACCUCAUUUUUUUGGACUGAUAUUUGAACCGAUAUAGCGAUAAACGAGCUUUUUUAUUUAGUUUGAGUGACUUGUGUCUAAAAACUGUUUGGCUUAUGCUGUGACAAUUUAAUACCGCGUUUUUAUUAAUAGUGACCGGUUUUGUAUUUAAGCAUGUUACGUUUUACUUGAUAUCAAAUGAUUCACUUGUGAAGUUGACUGACUGCACGCCACCUCUUUUAAAAGCAAAUGAAGCUUAUUGAUUUGCCAAAGGAAGUACAAGGAGGAUGUCAUUCGUUGCUGUAAAGAUUCCUUUUAUUAAUGUCAAUUUCAACAAUUUUCUAAAAGAAAGACUGUUUAUGAAGGAUUACGCUAGGAUUUAAGUCUACAUCAAAGACUGCUUUGCUCUUCUCUGUCUAACCUGGAACUUCAAUAUGACUACGAUGCCGCCUUCACAUGUAACCUUUUGUAAUUCCAGUCCUACUUAUUCCUCUGAAGCCACGGCUGCGUUUGCCACCGUGAUGACACUCAUCAUGCUCUUCACCAUCUUUGGGAACAUCCUGGUGAUCAUUGCUGUCCUGAAAUGCCGCUCUUUGCGUGGACCUCAGAACCUGUUUCUGGUGUCCCUGGCUGCGGCGGACAUCCUGGUGGCCACAUUGAUCAUCCCUUUCUCCUUGGCCAAUGAGCUGAUGGGCUGCUGGUACUUCGAGGCCUUUUGGUGUGAGAUCAUCUUAGCUCUGGAUGUGUUCUUCUGCACAUCUUCCAUCAUACACCUGUGCGCCAUCAGCCUGGACCGCUACCUGUCCAUCUCCCGGCCGGUGAAGUAUGCAUCCCAACGCACCCCUUACAAGAUCAAGUGGGCCAUAUUUGUGGUGUGGCUCAUCUCUGCAGCCAUCUCUUUCCCCCCGCUGGUCUCCAUGAACAAGACCCAGCAGUCGGAGUAUGGGCCCGAGCCGCAGUGUAAACUCAAUGAGCACCGCUGGUACAUCCUGUACUCCUCCAUCGGGUCAUUCUUCGCCCCGUGCCUCAUAAUGAUUCUGGUGUACAUUCGUAUCUAUCAGAUUGCCAAGAGGCACAGUAGAUGUCCUCCAGGAGAGCCAAGGAAAGACUGUGCAGGCUGCGAUUCUCUGGGACGGGAAAUGCAGAAUGGGAAAAACCAAAGAGGCGAUGUCCCUGAAAAUGUCCCGAAUGUUCCCAGUGCGGCUGCUUCCAGAUCUGACAGCAUAAACCAGUUUCAACCACCAGGAGAGAGCGGGCAAAAGAUGUCUCACUCAAGGAGGUGCAAGGACAACGAGGACAGUUCGAGCUCUGGCUCUGAUGUUGGGGUAGUUGGGGGACAUCAUUCUAACAGGACAGCCUCUAACAUGAGGGCACUGGAGCCUAGCUACCAGACUUCCUCUCCAACCCAAACAUACCACAACUUCAUCGCAACAUCAAAGGGCAGCCAGCUGGCCUCUUCCAUCAUGAAACCAACAGGAACACUGAACGCCAGGAGGAAAACCCUGAUCGUCCGUGAGAAGCGUUUCACAUUCGUCCUUGCGGUCGUUAUUGGGGUUUUUGUCGUCUGCUGGUUCCCGUUCUUCUUUAGCUAUAGCUUGCAGGCCAUCUGUCCAAAGGCUUGUGAACUGCCAAAGCCGCUUUUUAAGUUCUUCUUCUGGAUUGGCUACUGCAACAGUGCCCUGAACCCACUCAUCUACACCAUCUUUAACAGGGACUUUCGUAAAGCCUUCAAAAAGAUUCUGUGUAAAAAGUAUAAUGACUGUUCUUUUUGAAAGCGGACAACCCAGAAAAAGUUUUAUACCAUAAAGUGACAUUUGUUUCUUCCGAUGGGGAAGCUUACAAAAACUGUCAGGGCUCAUUUCACUCCAGUAUUUUUAUAAGACAUUUUCGUGAUAAAAAUGGCCUUUUAUCCCAGAUGAACAUAAUUGUGUUUUCUGCAAUAUUUACUUCUGAGAAUUUAUUAUUAUAAUAAUAAUAAUAAUACACCACAAUUUUCUGUACUUUUUCUAUAUAAAUUAGAAGAUGGGAAAUCGCACAUAUAUGAUAAUUUGUUUUUCUUGCCAAAGAAACCAGCCAUUUUUCAUGUAAAUAUAUGUUCGUUAUUGCAUGUUCAAUAUUGCCUUUGUUCAUAAAUGUGUUUGUAAGGCAGUGUUUUGGAAAUGCAUGCUUAGUUAUUUUAUUUUUGCCCUUAAUUGUCAUGUCAAAAAAAAAAAAAAAGACCUGGACACUUUUUUGAGAGGAUUUGAAAUUCUUUAAGGAUAAACACAUAUCUGAAAAUCGCUGAAAAUCGUGUUUCCUCUGUGUACAGACUUUUAAAUAACUGCUAUUCACUAUUCUCUUGAGCAUUUGAUGAUUUGUUUUAAUCAGCUGUUCCAUAUGCUGAACUGAGUGGAUAUAUUUGCCCACAUUCUAUUCAUUUUUG